CCGCGCCGCUGGCUGACGAGAUGCAUCAUCAGCACCAACUGCUGCCAACAAUUUGAACAUGCGUCUCCUACUUACCGGUGCGACCGGCCUGGUGGGCUCCAGCGCCUUGAACCAUAUCCUGUCCCUUCCCCCGGGUCAGGUCUCGCGACUGUACAUCCUCAGUCGGCGGCCCGUUCCCAUGGCCGACAACCACCCCAACGUGACCGUCAUCGAUCACCAAGAUUUCACCCAAUACAGCCCGGAAUUAUUGGACACGUUAAAGGGCGUCACCGGAUGUAUCUGGGCUCUGGGGGUUUCCCAGACCGAGGUGACCAAGGAGGACUAUGUGAAGAUCACGGUGGACUAUCCGCUCGCCGCGGCCAAGGCCUUCUCCACGCUGUCCGACUCUUUCAACUUUGUAUAUGUCUCCGGGGAAGGGGCAACCCAGUCGCCAGGCCUGCUCACCCCCUUCUUCGGUCGGGUUAAAGGGGAAUGCGAACAGGCCCUUAUCGGGCUGUCCUCACAGUAUCCCAGUCUCAAGCCCUAUUCCGUCCGCCCGGCCAUGGUCGACCCCACGUACGACCCGCAAGUCCAGCAGCCCUAUCUACAACGACCCGACCAGAGCACGCUCGCGAAGAAGAUGCUCCGGGGGGUGCUCGGGCCCGCCCUGCGCGGAGCGUAUCCGUCCGCCGUGUCCCCGACCCAAUAUCUCGGGCGGUUCCUGACCGACCUGGCCAGCGGCGACGGGAAGCCGCUCCAGGGCGAGGGCGUCACCGGGGAGGGCCGGAUUAUCUCGAACAAGGCCUUUCGUCGGGAAGUAGGUCUCUAGCGCUAUCGAAUGUUCCAGGUGCAGAGAACGACCGUAUCAGGGUCUUCUGGAGGAUGGGUCAUGCAAUCCGUGUAUAAAUGCUGUGGGGACAAAGUCGUCCUAGGUUACUUCUGUUAGCCUGUCUGCUUUUCAAAGGACUACGUAUAUAUAUGUAUCAGACCGAGACCGGGAGGUUCCCCCCGCGGUGGUGGCUGUUCAACCGAACACGUCACCCAGGCGGGGUUGAGGGACGAUCCCGAGCCCCGAGCCUUGCCCCUCCCCCGGGCUCUUAAUUCAACUCCAU